AUGGGCAAAAAUGGGCAAAAAACGGGGAAAAGCGGGCACGGCCGCGCCGCGCUGCUGCGCCUGCACCGGGAGGGGAUCGAGUUCUCGCUGCAGGAGCCCCCGGGAAUUUCGGGGAUUUCGGGAAUUUCGGGAAUUUCGGGGCGGCUCCCCCUGAAUUUGCCGUUCCUGGAGGUUCUGAGCGAAUUCUCCCCGCGGCUGCUGCGCCCCGAGCGCGGCCUCGUGCUGGCGCUGCUGGAGCGGACGUGCCGGGAGCGGGGGCUGGGCGCGGAUUUUGGGGCGGAUUUGGGCGAUUUUGGGGCUCCCCUGCGCUGCUACCGCCGCUCCCUGAGCCCCCCCCAGAGCCCCCCGGGGCCCCCCCGACCCAAGAGAGCCCGGAGCCUCGAAGCGGAAUCCGCAGCCCCGCCCGGCUCCAGCCCGUGGCCGCCCAGCCCCGCCCUGACCUCGACCGGAUCUCCCCAGACCCCCCUGGAGCAGCCCCGGGACCUUUUUGGCUCCUCCAGCCUCGAAUUCCAGACUUUCUGA